GAAAAGCUGGCGCUCUCCACAUGAGACGCGUGAGCCCAGCUCUGUGGUUUACAGAAGCAACUCCACACACCGCUAGUUCCCGCUUCUACUGGUUGUUUUUUGUUUUAAAUUAUAUGGUUAUCACCGUAGACGCUUCUAACGUUUUUCUCUUUCGUUCGCUUUAGGAAUGAUCUGUUGAUUUUCAUCGCGAUGGCAUUGCAUGCACUUGUACGCGAUGCGAACGAUGAGUUUAUAAUGCUGAAUGGGGAAUCAGAGCUCAUCUGAUUUCUCUCAUAUGUAGGCGUUUUUACAGCGAUCGACGCGUGAUAGGCUACAGAUCUUGUCUGCUUUUCUUUUCAAAGAAUCAGAUACAUCGCUUGCUCCACGGGUUUGUUCGGUCACAUUGCACCGUAACAUGAAGCUUAAACAGUAGACAUAUUUGAGAAAAACAUCACAUUUGGAUAUGGAGUCCGUCAAGAUGAGAGCCAAAGAGGGAAUGAAGGAAUUUGGGGCGAAGACCCUGGGGCAGAUGUACAAGUAGGUGUUAAAAUGUAGUUUUAUAUGCAGGUUAGCCCAUGUUUAAACAUGGGGCUGGUUAUGAUUUCUGUAUUUUCAAGUGAUAGGCCUACAAUAUGGUGGUGUAAUAUGGUGGUGUAAUGGUAGUAGACCACUACUGUACUGUACGUUCCUAUCCCAUGCCGAGAAGUGUGUUACUUUUAUCUCAAACAGCUUGCAGUCAUGGUCACGCCUCUAAUAGACGUAGUGGGAAAAUUCUGCAAUUCUGCAUAACCUCGUGAAAGCGCAGGAAGGACCUUGAUGCAUGUGGAAAAAGUCAAUAACACAUUUAUGCAUUAAACAGAUAGCUGUGAAAUGCAUUUGCCGUGAACUAGCCUAGGAUGUAUGCUAUUAGAUAAAAAUCCACGGAGUGUUAUCUUCGUUUGGAAUUGGCUUGUGACCGGGUCCCUGUAAUAUUUUAAAUAUUUUACUGAAAACCUCCUGUAGUUGUGUGAGGGUAUCUCUUUAUUAUUAUUAUUAUUAUCUCUUUCAUUAUUUACGGGAUGGGUAUCGAUUUAUUACUAGUAGCCUAAACGUCUAACUGAUUUUUCUUGCUAAGUGGCAAGGGCUUCAUUCAGACAUCUAUUCUGAUGCUUGUAGUUGUAGCCUACUGUCAAUCAAUGUAUUGUUGAAGCUCUAAAUUAAUAUAUUUCGUUUUGGUUUGGAUAUUCUUUUUUCGAUUCAUUGUUACUUCCUUCGAUAGGCCUAUUUGGAUUCCAAAUCCCAUUUUAAACUUAGGCUGUAUGAAAUAACAGUUACAUGUUAUUGCGUAAAAAAUAUGUAUUUUUCGUUGGGCAUAACGAAAUGAUCACCUUAAUGUAAUUCAUAUAAUGACACAUUAUGGGCAGUAGUUUUGAUAUUCCAAAUGUAUAUUCUAAACAGGAGUGCUUAAUUAGCUAUCUUCACUGUUAUAGUGCCGUUGUGAAUAAGAUAGAGAGUUCCUUGUCAUUUUAUCCUUAUGCCAAUUUCACAUAAAACAUUUUAGGUAAAGGCCUAAUACUGGAACUGGAGCCUAAGCUUUAUUUGGGCUUAUUUUUGGUAAACGAAUUAAUUGUGCAUAUGGCCAUAAAUACAUUUGAAACCGCUGCAUGAAUGUUUGCCUGGAGAGAUGAGCAACUGCCCAAUCCGUGAAUGCAAAUGAGGGUGAAGGUGAGCGGUUGCUGCAAUGCGGUGGACGCAUCUUCAGUUGCUUCGUGCUCCAGUGUACGAUGCUUUUUUUUGGCAUUUGAUUAAAUUGAACCUGGUUCCGCUAACAUACAGCGCUAUUUUCUAUUAAUAGAUGUUUAAUUACCUUGCUAAAGUAGACUUUUCGUGUAAUGAAAAAAUCUAAAAUAUGUUUUAGAUCAUGUUAGUUGUCAUGUUCUGAAUCGUGUUGGUUAUGAUUCAUCAAAUAGCGCCCCCAGUCGUUGGGGCGAAUACACUAUUCUCAUAAAACAGCGGAUUGAAUAGGCAAAGAUAUUUAAUGUAGACCUAGAUAACCUAAUAAAAUGAUAUUUUAGUACGCUAUCCGAAGAAGAUUUAGUCUCCUUCCUUAUUUACUAAAACGUCUACAUUUUAAAUACUAUUAUUGGACAUGAUGCAGGCCAUAUUUUGAAGGCUACAGGCUAUAAUAUAUAGGCCUGUAGGUCUAUAAUUUAACAUAAUUACAGGCCUGAAUUUUUGCUAAACUAAAAUGCCUUUAUUAUGCAUAACAAUCAAAUAUCAAACGUAGGCUAAUCUAUUAAUUUGAGGCUGAUCAACCGAGGAAAUUGGAUGAUAUUUUGUUUUAUUUUUAAUCUGGCUGUUUGCAGGGUGAUGGAGAAGCGACAGGGAACUGGUGAAGUUAUCGAACUAACAGAGGAUGGCAGGCCCUCUGAGGCCCAGGAGAAGAAAGCACCCCUGUGCGACUGCACGUGUUUUGGGCUGCCCCGCCGAUACAUCAUCGCCAUCAUGAGCGGUCUAGGCUUCUGUAUCUCCUUCGGCAUCCGAUGCAAUUUGGGCGUGGCCAUCGUGGGCAUGGUCAACAACAGUACGAUACACAAAGAUGGGAAGAUCAUCAUCACAGAGGUGUGUGUGGUGCACACUUUACUGACGUCAACACCGUGUCACCGCCCUCCUGCUCCAUAAUUUGUCGGCCCUAAAAAUAGUCCAGAUGUUGGAGAUCUCUUAAUAUUCUCACAUUUGACCUGACCUUGUAUUGCAAAGAAAGAAUAAGCAAAGGAACAUUACCCUUAAUGUAUGGGUUUGAUAGCGAGAUUAAUUUUGCUCCAUGCUUUUUCAGUGCAGCCAUGAUAGGUAUGCCACAACCAAACUAAACUACUGUAUCCCAUAAUAACACAGCAUUUAGCCUGUGUAUCCUACACAUCGAAAUGGUGUACCGGUAUAUCCCUAUUUCCUGUUAUGAUAUGAGAGCCAUAUACUUUGGUUAUUAAGGUUAUUAUACGGUAUUAUACGUUUUGUGAGUUAUUAUAUUGAAUUACAAUGGAAUUAUGAAUGUGAAGAGGAUUUAUUUUGAUGUUUCAUCGAUUUUUAAUGGUUUAUUUUAUUGUCUUUGUUCUUAUUUCACUGGAAAGAAAGCAAAGUUCAACUGGGACCCAGAGACAGUCGGUAUGAUCCAUGGUUCGUUUUUCUGGGGCUAUAUAGUGACGCAGAUCCCGGGAGGGUACAUAUGCUCGAGACUGGCAGCUAACAGGUAGGCAGGCCUACAUUCAUAUAUAUAUGUAUAUUUUUUUUUACAAAAGUUCGCUUUCCUUCUCACAGUCUCAAAUGGGAUUUAUUCGUUAUUAUUCAAUUGAUUACUAAAAUGUAUCACCAUGAAAUGAACGACCCUCAAGAAAAAAAAUGAAAAUAGGUCUGAUUUAUUUUAGUCAUAAAGAGAUGUAACCAAUAUGUUUGUUCCGAUAAACUGUGGUGAUGAUGAUGUGGAUGCAGGCUACUGAAGCCUGGAUAUAUUCUCGGUUUUCAUCUUGUUAUUAUCACACCUCUUCCCGUCAGAAUAAAUUAUGUGAUAAACGAAUUUUCAAACAAAAUCUAUAUUUUAAUGGUAUGAAAAUGUUGCAGACACAAUGGCAUCCCACAAGGAUAGGCUACAUUUGGCCGUUUACUUGGACGUUUCAAAUCUUUACGACAAUUCGGACUUCAUUGUGAAUGAGAGGGAGGAUUUACAGGCCUAUAUUGCGAGCCAAGGUUUAACAGACAGUAGGUAGGCCUAGUAACCAGUGUGACACUGUGACUGCAAUGGAGAAGGCCAUUAAUGGGGAAUUAAUUUGGGAGGGAGACGCUCAGUCGCCGACGUUGGCAGGGCCAUUGAGAUUUGACCGUGUAGCUCCGGUCCACAGGGCUUUCUGCCACCUGUUAAUGAGGUCCUCGGGGGGAGCCGUGUCUAAUUUGCUGCAUUCUGGGGGCAUGGCGACCAGCCCGGUCCUCGUCGCCAAAGGCUUACUCACGCUCAUAUGCACGGUGCACACUAAACAUGGCUUAUAAAUAAGGUUUAGGCCUAGCCUACAUGAGACCUGAGCAGCAUUUAAAUAUAGGAUAUUACAAUAGGAAAUCUAGGUUUAAUUACUAUAUAUUUCAGUGGAUAUUUGGUCCACUGUUCAUAAUAGUAGUAUCCAUAAUCAUUUGGUGAUCGCAAUUCAUACCCUUAAUAGACAUGAAGAAAAACAAUCCAUUUAGCAACAUAAAAUGUUUUGUUGAGUAUAUACAAUAUUAUUAUUUGUUGAGCAGGCUAUUUAAAUAUGUAAGAUAUAUUCCAUUUGUAUAAUGUAUAACAUGUUUAUUGUCUAUAUGCUUUCUUGAUUGACAUUGAUGUAUGAAUCAACCUGUCUCGUGCCAGCGAGUUUCCUCAAUCGGAUUAGAGGUUGCCCCCCGCGUGCCUGUGGGAGGGGCGGGGUCUCGGGGUGUGUACAAAACGUGACAAAAAUUUAAAAAACCAUGGUUCGUGUUAUUCAUUAGGGAUUGCCUCCACUGGCUCAGCUGCGCUCAAACCAAUGCAGUCUGCUGUCGGCACUCCCUGUCAUCACGCUUUAAUUUCUUUCUCCAAUUUAAUUAUUGCUAUCUAACCUAAAUAGAAAAGUUAACGGUGCACUAGCUAAUGCUUGACAUGAAAAAAUCCUAGUCUUGAAUAUUGUAAUUAUGCAAGAAAAUUAUAUAUAUUUUGGACGUAAGAUUGGCAAUUUGAUUAGAAGAAUAAAACCAACCGGCCGAAUAUAGGCCUUAUAUAACCGUUAGAAAAAGGGAUAGAGAAAUUAUAUUGAAUAGCCUAUUCGAAUAGGACUAAGUCAAUUUUUGAUAGUAAGCCAGUAACCGAGUGUGGACUGUGAUAUGUUCGAUGGGUCCCUGCUGAAUAUAACCAGAAUGGCCAUAAAAAAAUCAGCGAUUAAUAAAUUAAACAUGAAGUCAAUGAGAGGCCUAGGCCUAUGCUAUUUCUGUUUCCCGCUUUGAAUAAUAAAUUGGGCAAAACAUGAAUAAACCUAAAAUAAAUCGCUAGGUCUACUGGAUACAUUGUUUAUGAACAUUAUCUAUAGGCCUACGACAUACUAUAUAUGCAUGUUUUCAUAUUUUUAUUUCUUUUAGGGUUUUCGGUCUAGCCAUUUUCCUUACCUCGACGCUCAAUAUGUUAAUCCCCUCUGCGGCGCGGACGCAUUAUGGACUGGUCAUCUUUGUGAGGAUAUUGCAAGGGCUGGUGGAGGUAAGGGCUUCUUUAAUUAAAAAGUCACAUUUCUGGAGAGCUCUUUUUGAUAUGCAAAUUGUAAUAGAACCUGUGUAGGCCUAUCCUGUCAAUAGCACCGUUUUCGAAAAUAGCCAGUUUUCCUUUGUGGCAUUUCGAUUAUGAUUAGGCUACAGUAUAUCAGAGGCAAUGGAAUAGAGUCAGUACAACAGCCAGAAUGCACCCUGGGGAAAUGUGAGACUGUUGUAUUGAUCUGCAGCUGGGUUAUUUGUUGUGGGAGAGUCCUCUCCUCUAUGUCUGUUAUAAAAAGAUGUUCUGCUUUUUUGACACAAAAAUUAACUGUCCUAGUUGCCCCAUCUUGAUUACUGUCCAGUAAUAUGGUCAAGUACAGCAAAGAAAGACCUAGCAAAGCUGCAGCUGGCUCAAAACAGAGCAGCACACCUUGCCCUUAACUGCACAUACACAACUAACAUCAACAACAUGCAUGCCAGUCUUUCCUAGUUGACAGUUGACGAGAGAUUAACUGCUUGUCUUCUAGUUUUUAUGAGAAAUAUUACGGUGAUGAAAAUUCCAGAUUGUCUGCAUAAUCAAAUAACAUACAGCUCAGACACCCAUACAUACCCCACAAGACAUGCCACCAGGGGUCUCUUCACAGUCCCCAAGUCCUAAACGAAUUGAAGGCAAUGCACAGUAUUAUCCUGAGCCAUGAUCCCUUCCAUCUCCAAUUACUCAAGCAAACACCAAAAUUACCUUUAAAUAAAUGGAUAAAACAACAUCUCAUGGCACAGUAGGGACUGUGAAAUGACACACACACACACACACACACACACACUCUAACACGCACAUUAUUAUUUAGUUGUAUUGUUUGUAUAUCGUUGUAUUUUACAUUUGUGUGCCUGUUCUUGUCUAUCAGUGUAUCAGUGUUUUCCCACUGGGCACAGACGUCAAUUCAACAUCUAUUCCACAUUGGUUCAACGUGAUUUAAUUGAAAUGACGUGGAAACAACGUUGAUUCAACCAGUGUGUGCCCGGUGGGUUGUUACUUGUCAUGUUUUAUGUUUUUGUGUGGACCCCAGGAAGAAUAGCUGCUGCUUCGGCAAAAGCUAAUAGGGAUCAGAAUAAACCAAUAAACUUGUUGAAACAUAUCUGCUCUGCUCUCUGGUAGUAACACCACAGUUAAGAAAAUGCUGGUCUAGCCAGAAUCAGAUUCCCAAAGACAAUGUGCUGAUACAUCAGCAGCUCAUAAAUCCACUGUCCAGUAGGCAUAGUGAAACAUGAGAUGUUGGCAGCUGCUGCCUUGUAUAGUAAAACAUGAUGCCGUGUUGAUACUGAAGGGCAGGCUACAACACAUCCAGCUAAACCGACACACCAUCCUGGCAGCAGAGCCAACCAUUGAGAAUCAUUUUGAACACCAUAGAUGGAAUUUUAGAAUAAUACUUUAUUGUCCAUUAUCUUGCAGAGAAUGGAAAUGUGUAUUUAUGCUCACAGCCCUGACUCAUUACUAACUACUUUCAAUGCAAUAAUUAUUUUAAAAUAAUUGGCUAUAGGCUGCAUUGGCUGUGAGUAAUAUACAUAGGGUUCAGAUGAAUGUCUUGUGAUAAUGAAUGGUGUAAUUCAAUAACAACAGCACAUCUACAUGUUUGGCAUUGAUGGCUGAGGUGAAACUGGGCCAGUAGCUCCCAACUGGGUACACAUUGGUUGAAUCAACGUUGUUUCCACGUCAUUUCAAUGAAAUUACGUUGAACCAACGUGGAAUAGACAUUGAAUUCACAUCUGUGCCCAGUGCCCACGUCUGUCUCUUGAUUUGAAUGAGCCAUCAGGUGACAAAGGCUAAUCUGGUUAUGUCUUGUUUUUGUCUCUGUAAGGAAAGGCUUCAGUGUUUUGGAUAUAUUCAGUAAAUUGUGCACAAUGAAUUAAGUUGGGAGUGGUAUACAUUCCAUGUGCAUACAGGAGGACCUAAAAGUGAUCCAUACACUGUAUAGUGAUCUCAGAUCAGUUCAGUGGAUAGCUAGGAGAAAUCUCCUCCUAGCAUGUCCAUGCAGAUUGCAUUUUCCAAUAGCACACUCUGUUCCAAUUAGCAGCUAAUUAACAUUUAAUGGCAGCAGCAUUGUCAGUGUUAUGAGAGGCUCAUCAGUUAGCUCAGCGCACUGCGUCUCUUAUUAAUGUUAAUCAAAAAGGCAAUGAAAAGAGAAUGUUGGUUUUUGUUUGUGAUCAUAUUUGAUUUACAACCAUGCCAGCUCAUAUCUGGUAGGAUCUCCUCAAGUGAUUGUCAGCUCAGUGUAGGCCAAUCUAUUAUUAGUAUGUCUUAUGUUUACAAUUUGUCCCAUUAUUCUGUGACAAUCUAUGUUUGAAACCAUCUAUUUGUAUCACACAGUUUCCUACAUUAGUCUUUAAAAUGGUUCUGUGCAACCUCGUGUUUUUUAUUUAAAAAAUGUUAUAUGUAUUAAUCAGUUGAGCCAAAAUGGGGGAAGUAUUUGAAGGACAUGUGAAGAAAGAUUAGAAGACAAGGUUAAGAUGACAAAUGAAUGUUGCAUUUACUUAAUGAAACCCAUAGUGGGUACAGUAACACAUUACACUAUAUCUCAGCUAUCUCGUUAAGGGCGAUAGACUGUAAUAAGGCUCAAGAUUUAAGGCCUGCCCACUGGGCACACACUGGUUGAAUCAACGUUGUUUCCAUGUAAUUUGAACCAACGUGGACUAGAUGUUGAAUUGAUGUCUGUGCUCAGUGCAUGGUUAUUUCAUGUUCAUAAAUGUUGUAUUUUACCUAAUGAAACCCAUAGCGGGUGGUAACUGUAACAAAAGGCUUACCAGUUUAAGAGAUGACAUGUUAUCCCAGGAAAGGUAGCCUAACGGUUACAGUGUUGGGCCAGUAACCGAUAGGUCGCUGGUUCGAAUACCUGAGCUGACAAGGUGUCGAUGUGCCCUUGUGCAAGGCACUUAACCCUAAUUUGCUCCAGGGGCGCCGUACUACUAUGACCCUGUAAAACAACACAUUUCACUGCAGUUAUAUGUGACAAAUAAAACAUUAUUCUUAUUUUUUAAUUAGAUGUUUUAACCCAUUGUGUGUUGUAACUGUAAAAAGUCUAUGCUUAGCUUUACCCCAGGAUAUCCAUUAUUAAGGGUGGUAACUAUAGAAACAAGGUAGCUUUGUUCACGUCAAGGGAAUUUAGCAGAACAAGGUUGCUAUAUUCACAUCAGGGGAAUUUAACGAAAAGUGUCAACCUAUUUGCAAUGCACCUCCUUGUUAUUGCAUUUCCAUUUUAGUGUUUUGCACUUGCAUUCAAUAGUGUCUAUGAAUCACAUGAUUAUGAAGGCAUAAAUGUAAGAAAGCGUGUAUACUUAAAAUGGAUGUAGUUCUGUCCUUGUGAUGUACUUGUGUACAUGUAUUAUGUCAUGUUUUAUGUUUUGUGUUUACCCCAGGAAGAGUAGCUGCUGCUUUAGCAGUAGCUAAUGGGGAUCCUAAUAAAAUGCUAAAAACUAAGUGUUAAGCAGUGUCGCUAGAAUCCAUUACUAUUGCCAUAAGGAGCAGGAUCAUCAGAAUUUUCUGGCCAUCUUAUUAAUUAUAACUUCAUAAUAAUAGCAGCAGUAUUAUUUAUUUAUUUAGUUUAAACCAGUUACCUACUCUUAGUUGCUCAUGGUUCUGUGGUGUGUGUGACCUACCCAGGGAGUGACCUACCCAGCCUGCCAUGGGAUCUGGAGUAAGUGGGCUCCCCCUCUGGAGAGGAGUCGCCUGGCUACCACCUCCUUCUGUGGUAAAUAUUAUUUUCAAUAGUAUCUUAUCUUACCUGUCACACUAUGGUAGUGAAGCAAGAGGUACAGUAGUUGUACUGCUGACUAUUUAGAUGUCCUUUUUCCUUCUUCUCUUACCCCUCUCUACCAUUUCCUCUUGCAGGUUCCUAUGCUGGUGCUGUCAUAGCCAUGCCUCUAGCAGGGAUCCUGGUGCAGUACUCAGGCUGGUCCUCUGUAUUCUAUCUCUAUGGUAUGAUAGAGUUCCAUGCCGAUGUUAUAGCUUCCAAAUGGAAAAAGCAUGAGCUGAUGCACACCCAUCCUGAAGAAGGCACUGCGUGCCAAAACGUUGGUUAGGUUUACCGAUUCAAUUGUUGGGAGCAUAUAUAGAGUUUUCAACUUCUUUCUUUCUUUUUAUAUAGCUUCCAAUCUUUUCUAAAUUAUUUUUUUAAAAUCUUCAUCACAUUUUAACCAACAACCUAUUUGAAAAUAUGUUGAGUAUAGUACAUCAUCUUCAGGAGAUUUUAAAGCUAGUUGCUGAUGCUUUCAGACGUCCAGACCAUUGAUUUCUCCCCAAUGUUUUGGUGUGUCUGUUCUCCAAUAAUUUUCCAUCUCUCCCUGGACUAGAUGAAUUUGGCCUUUCUGUCUGGGGUUUAGUCUUUGGGGGAUUUCUGAAAGAUCAGGCUGCCUGUUAAGAAUUUCAUGUUUUCAUAUAGGCCAAUCUAAGCUUUUCACGUGUCCACAUACAACAAUGACACGAUUAAUACACAUUUAUAAUAGGGUUUCUGUAGCUUUGUGCUUGGACCCCUAAUGACUGGAAUAGUUACAUAAUCCACAACCCAUAUUUUAUUUAUCCUGUGUAACAAUCUCAAUAUCACUGUGCAGGGUGCUUUGGGAUCUUCUGGUAUAUGUUCUGGAUCCUGGUGUCGUAUGAAAGUCCUGCUGUGCACCCUACCAUCACCCAGGAGGAACGUGUCUACAUAGAGGAGAGCAUCGGGGAGAGUGCCAAGCUCAUGGGCCCUGCUGAGGUGAGGGACAGGGCUUGAGGUUGGUUGAAUAAAAGUUGUUUGAAGGGUUUCAAACAACUUUCACUCAACUAACCUCAUGCCCUGCUUCUCUGUUUCAGUGAAAUAAUCAAAAUCAGUGUGAAAAUUUGACAAAGUUUUAUAGUAGGCCAAUAUAUUUUCUGAGUGAUAUUAGAACAGAGUUCUCAAAGUCUUCAAAGUCCACUUCUCCUCAAAUCAAUUCCUAUGGUAUUAAAUUGGGAGAUGGUGCUAUACCCCACUUUCUACUUAGGCGUGUUUUGAUCUCUGCUCGCCUGAGGCCUCAUGUAUGAACCGCUAGUAAGUACAAAAUAUACCCCUAAAUGCGCAUGCGCCAGUUUCACACCCAAAAAAGUUGACAUUAAUAAAAAUCUAACUUGUGAGAAUGUGCUCACCUCCCUGCAAACUUUAGACCAUGCGUAUGCGCAUCUCUGCUAGUGGAGUGAAAAUCUAUGUGUUUUAUUUGUUUAAUCUAACAUAUAGACAUAGGAAUCAGUUUCCUAUUUAUUUUAUUUUCAUAUCCAUUGCAGAAUAAAUUCCUCACCUUAUCUAGCCGUGAUGGGUUCAUAUUCCUGAAGUAGCCAUACAACAAAUUACCAUGCGCAUCUCUCAUUGAAUUGGACUUAGUAGCCUACCAAAAAGAUAGGCUAUACAGUGCAUUCGGAAUGUAUUCAGACCCCUUGACUUUUUCCACAUUUUGUUACGUUACAGCCUUAAUCUAAAAUGGAUGAAAUUCUAUUUUUUCCUCAUCAAUCUACACACAAUACCCCAUAAUGACAAAGCAAAAACAGAUUUCUAUAAUUUAUUGCACAUUUAUUAAAAAUUAAAAAUUGUAAUAUCACAUUUACAUAAGUAUUCAGACCCUUUACUCAGUACUUUGUUGAACCACUUUUGGCAGCGAUUACAGCCUUGAGUCUUCUUGAGUAUGACGCUACAAGCUUGGUAAACCUGUAUUUGGGGAGUUUCUCCCAUUCUUCUCUGCAGAUCCUCUCAAGCGCUGUCAGGUUGGAUGGGGAGCGUCGCUGCACAGCUAUUUUCAGGUCUCUCCAGAGAUGUUCGAUCGGGUUCAAGUCCGAGCUCUGGCCGGGCCACUCAAGGACAUUCAGAGACUUGUCCCGAAGCCACUCCUGCGUUGUCUUGGCUGUGUGCUUAGGGUUGUUGUCCUUGUUGGAAGGUGAACCUUUGCUCCAGUCUGAGGUCCUGAGCGCUCUGGAGUAGGUUUUCAAUAAGGAUCUCUAUGUACUUUGCUCUGUUCAUCUUUCCCUCUAUCCUGACUAGUCUCCCAGUCCCUGAUGCUGAAAAACACCCCCACAGCACGAUGCUGCCACCACCAUGCUUCACUGUAGGGAUGGUGCCAGGUUUCCUCCAGACGUCACGCUUGGCAUUCAGACCAAAGAGUUCAAUCUUGGUUUCAUCAGACCAGAUAAUCUUUUUUCUCAUGGUCUGAGAGUCAUUUAGGUGCCUUUUGGCAAACUCCAAGCGGGCUGUCAUGUGCCUUUUACUGAGGAGUGGCUUCCGUCUGGCCACUCUACCAUAAAGGCCUGAUUGGUGGAGUGCUGCAGAGAUGGUUGUCCUUCUGGAAGGUUCUCCCAUCUCCACAGAGGAACUCUGGAGCUCUGUCAGAGUGACCAUUGGGUUUUUGGUCACCUCCCUGACCAAGGCCCUUCUCCCCUGAUUUCUCAGUUUGGCCAGGCGGCCAGCUCUAGGAAGAGUCUUGGUGGUUCCAAACAUCUUCCAUUUAAGAAUGAUGGAGGCCACUGUGUUCUUGGGAACCUUCAAUGCUGCAGACAUUUUUUGGUACCCUUCCUCAGAUCUGUGCCUCAACACAAUCCUGUCUCGGAGCUCUCCGGACAAUUCCUUCGACCUCAUGGCUUGGUUUUUGCUCUGACAUGCACUGUCAACUGUGGGACCUUAUAUUGACAGGUGUGUGCCUUUCCAAAUCAUGGAAACAGGAUGCACCUGAGCUCAAUUUCGAGUCUCAUAGCAAAGGGUCUGAAUACUUAUGUAAAUAAGGUAUUUCUGUUUUUUAUUUUGUAUACAUUUGCAAAAAAUUAUGGGCAAUUCUGUGUAGAUUGAUGAGGGAAAAAAUAAUGUAAUUUUAGAACAAGGCUGUAACGUAACAAAAUGUGGAAAAAGGGAAGGGGUCUGAAUACUUUUUGAAUGCACUGUAUAUAUUUCAAGUUUUGUAAUCCCAUUGGCAUCACGGUUUAUAAUAUAUAGUCGAAAGUUGAUAUUUUACAUUGAAGUACACAACAUGGUCUCAGGGCAAUCUCUGACACUGACACUAUUUACAAUGGUAUGUUACGUUACAUUAGCCUCCUAUUUUCUUUUUUACAUAACAUAACAAGUGUUUGGGGUGAAAGAAAAUAUACAGUGGGGAGAACAAGUAUUUGAUACACUGCCGAUUUUGCAGGUUUUCCUACUUACAAAGCAUGUAGAGGUCUGUAAUUUUUAUCAUAGGUACACUUCAACUGUGAGAGACGGAAUCUAAAACAAAAUUCCAGAAAAUCACAUUGUAUGAUUUUUAAGUAAUUAAUUUGCAUUUUAUUGCAUGACAUAAGUAUUUGAUACAUCAGAAAAGCAGAACUUAAUAUUUGGUACAUAAACCUUUGUUUGCAAUUACAGAGAUCAUAGGUUUCCUGUAGGUCUUGACCAGGUUUGCACACACUGCAGCAGGGAUUUUGGCCCACUCCUCCAUACAGACCUUCUCCAGAUCCUUCAGGUUUCGAGGCUGUCGCUGGGCAAUACGGACUUUCAGCUCCCUCCAAAGAUUUUCUAUUGGGUUCAGGUCUGGAGACUGGCUAGGCCACUCCAGACCCUGAGAUGCUUCUUACGGAGCCACUCCUUAGUUGCCCUGGCUGUGUGUUUCGGGUCGUUGUCAUGCUGGAAGACCCAGCCACGACCCAUCUUCAAUGCUCUUACUGAGGGAAGGAGGUUGUUGGCCAAGAUCUCGCGAUACAUGGCCCCAUCCAUCCUCCCCUCAAUACGGUGCAGUCGUCCUGUCCCCUUUGCAGAAAAACAUCCCCAAAGAAUGAUGUUUCCACCUCCAUGCUUCAUGGUUGGGAUGGUGUUCUUGGGGUUGUACUCAUCCUUUUUCUUCCUCCAAACACGGCGAGUGGAGUUUAGACCAAAAAGCUCUAUUUUUGUCUCAUCAGACCACAUGACCUUCUCCCAUUCCUCCUCUGGAUCAUCCAGAUGGUCAUUGGAAAACUUCAGACAGGCCUGGACAUGUGCUGGCUUGAGCAGGGGGACCUUGCGUGCGCUGCAGGAUUUUAAUCCAUGAUGGCGUAGUGUGUUACUAAUGGUUUUCUUUGAGACUGUGGUCCCAGCUCUCUUCAGGUCAUUGACCAGGUCCUGCCGUGUAGUUCUGGGCUGAUCCCUCACCUUCCUCAUGAUCAUUGAUGCCCCACGAGGUGAGAUCUUGCAUGGAGCCCCAGACCGAGGGUGAUUGACCGUCAUCUUGAACUUCUUCCAUUUUCUAAUAAUUGUGCCAACAGUUGUUGCCUUCUCACCAAGCUGCUUGCCUAUUGUCCUGUAGCCCAUCCCAGCCUUGUGCAGGUCUACAAUUUUAUCCCUGAUGUCCUUACACAGCUCUCUGGUCUUGGCCAUUGUGGAGAGGUUGGAGUCUGUUUGAUUGAGUGUGUGGACAGGUGUCUUUUAUACAGGUAACGAGUUCAAACAGGUGCAGUUAGUACAGGUAAUGAGUGGAGAACAGGAGGGCUUCUUAAAGAAAAACUAACAGGUCUAUGAGAGCCGGAAUUCUUACUGGUUGGUAGGUGAUCAAAUACAUAUGUCAUGCAAUAAAAUGCAAAUGAAUUACUUAAAAAUCAUACAAUGUGAUUUUCUGGAUUUUUGUUUUAGAUUCCUUCUCUCACAGUUGAAGUGUACCUAUGAUAAAAAUUACAGACCUCUACAUGCUUUGUAAGUAGGAAAACCUGCAAAAUCGGCAGUGUAUCAAAUACUUGUUCUCCCCACUGUAUAUGUAUUUUUUUAAUAUGGUUAUUUAUCUUUUAUUGUAAGUGUGCAAUUUGUCCUCUGUAGUGGUCAUUAGGAUGUAAAUAUGAACAAAUGGGGAAAAACAUAGUUGCAUCUGGGUGUCCACUACAUUUCUUGAUAAGCUCUUAUUUAUAAAAAAAAUAUUACAACUCACUUAACUAUUCCUGAGAAAUUAACUUACUAGAAACAAUUUGAAAAUCAAACUCACAAAAAAAGAUAAUUAAUAAUUACACACACUUCUUUUCAAUAUCAAUAUCAAUAAAAUGUGAUAAUUUUGACAGCAGCCAUUUUCUUUACUCUAUAUAUUUUUUAUACCCCAAUUGGUAGUUACAGUCUUGUCCCAUCACUGCAACUCCCGUACGGACUCGGUAGAGGUCGAGAGCCACUGCUUCUUGACAUACUGCUCGCUUAAUCCGGAAGCCAGUCCACACCAAUGUGUCUGAGAAACAUCAUACAACUGGUGACCGCGUCAGCGUGCAUGCACCUUGCCCGCCACAGGAGUACUAGAGCGCGAUGGGACAAGGACAUCCCGGCCAGCCAAACCCUCCCCUAACCCGGACGACGCUGGGCCAAUUGUGCGUCACCUCAUGGGUUCUCCCGGUCGCGGCCGGCUGUGACACAGCCUGGGAUCGAACCCGGAUCUAUAGUGAUGCCUCAAGCACUGCAGUGCCUUAGACCGCUGCACCACUCGGGAGGCCUUAUGUAAAAUAUUUUGAUAGUAUGGGUAGGCUACAGUAUUGCUGUGUGAUAGGAGCGUAACAUCAUAGCCUAUUUAAUCUUGGAAAGCAUUCAGACGCCUUGACUUUUCCAAAUUUUGUUACGUUACAGCCUUAUUCUAAAAUUGAUUACAAAAACAAAUCCUCAUUAAUCUACACAUAAUAACCUAUAAUGACAAAAUGAAAACAGGUUUAUCGAAAUUUUUGCACGUAUUAAAAAUAAAAAACUGAAAUACCUUAUUUACAUAAGUAUUCAGACCCUUUCCUAUGAGACUCGAAAUUGAGCUCAGGUGCAUCCUGUUUCCAUUGAUCAUCCUUGAGAUGUUUCUACAACUUGAUAGGAGUGUACCUGUGGUCAAUUCAAUUGAUUGGACAUGAUUUGGAAUGGCACACACCUGUCUAUAUAAGGUCCCACAGUUGACAGUGCCUGUCAGAGCAAAAACCAAGCCAUGAGGUUGAAGGAAUUGUCCGGAGAGUUCUGAGACAGGAUUGUGUCGAGGCACCGAUCUGGGGAAGGGUACCAAAAAAUGUCUGCAGCAUUGAAAGUCCCCAAGAACAGAGUGGCCUCCAUCAUUCUUAAAUGGAAGAAGUUUGGAACCACCAAGACUCUUCCUAGAGCUGGCCGCCCAGCCAAACUGAGCAAUCGGGGAGAAAGGACUUGGUCAGGGAGGUGACCAUGAACCCAAUGAUCACUCUGACAGAGCUCCAGAGUUUCUUUGUAGAGAUGGGAGAACCUUCCAGAAGGACAAUCAUCUCUGCAGCACUCCACCAAUCAAGCCUUUAUGGUAGAAUGGCCAGACUGAAGCCAAUCCUCAGUAAAAGGCACAUGACAGCCCGCUUGGAGUUUGCCAAAAGGACACCUGAAGACUCUCAGACCAUGAGAAACAAGAUUAUCUGGCCUGAUGAAACCAAGAUUGAACUCUUUGGCCUGAAUGCCAAGCGUGACGUCUGGAGGAAAACUGGGACCAUCCCUACGGUGAAGCAUGGUGGUGGUAGCAUCAUGCUGUGGGGAUGUUUUUCAGCGGCAGGGACUGGGAGACUAGUCAGGAUCGAGGGAAAGAUGAACGGAGCAAAGUACAGAAAGAUCCUUGAUGAAAACCUGCACCAGAACGCUCAGGACCUCAGACUGGAGCGAAGGUUCACCUUCCAACAGGACAACGACCCUAAGCACACAGCCAAGACAACACAGGAGUGGCUUCGGGACAAGUCUCUGAAUGUCCUUGAGUGGCCCAGCCAGAGCCCAGACUUGAACCAGAUCGAAUCUUUGGAGAGACCUGAAAAUAGCUGUGCAGUGACGCUCCCCAUCCAACCUGACAGAGCUUGAGAGGAUCUGCAGAGAAGAAUGGGAGAAACUCCCCAAAUGCAUGUGUGCCAAGCAUGUAGCGUCAUACCCAAGAAGACUUGAGGCUGUAAUCGCUGCCAAAGAUGCUUCAACAAAGUACUGAGUGAAGGGUCUGAAUACUUAUUUAAAUGUAAUAUUUCUGUUUUUUUAUUUGUAAUAUAUUUGCAAAAAUGUCUAAAAACCUGUUUUUGCUUUGUCAUUAAAAAACUUUUAAAUCCAUUUUAGAAUAAGGAUGUAACGUAACAAAAUGUGGAAAAAGUCAAGGAGUCUGAAUACUUUCCAAAACCCAAUAAUCUAUUGAUAAACUAAAUAUUGAACAACAAUUCAUAUUUUGCAUAGAAGUGUGGGCUGUAGAAUUUAGCCUACUUUUAAAUUGUUUCAAAUAUACAAUCAAUCUUGCAGAAUAUGCGGACAGGCACUCUCUAUAGACUGCAUGCAUGUUGUGUUUCUCUCUUUCUCACCACUGCUACCCUUUCACCGGUAACUCAUGUAUUUUCCUCCCUUUUGCUCCAUCGUAGAAAUUUAAGACCCCCUGGAAAAAGUUCUUCACCUCCAUGCCUGUCUAUGCAAUCAUCGUGGCCAACUUCUGCAGAAGCUGGACCUUCUACCUACUGCUUAUCAGUCAGCCGGCUUACUUCGAGGAGGUGUUUGGGUUUGAGAUAAGCAAGGUGAGACCAGUGGAGCGUUCCCAGGAUAGGGCACCAGCCUAAACAAACAGGGUUGCUGGGGAAUGGUACUCAAGGCCUAGGUGAGGGAUGUGUGAAAAUGUUGUGCUAGGCUCUAACUGACUUAAAUACCUUUUAAUACCUCUAUGUUGAUGUUGAUUGCAACUGUUCCUGUCCUCAGGUUGGCAUGGUGUCUGCCCUGCCCCACUUGGUGAUGACAAUCAUUGUGCCCAUCGGAGGGCAGUUGGCUGACUACCUACGCAGCAGGAACAUUCUGUCUACCACUACAGUCAGGAAGAUCAUGAACUGUGGAGGUGAGAGAGCCCCUUCAGCACAUCAUGCACAAUUACAGUUGAAGUCGGAGGUUUACAUACACCUUAGCCAAAUACAUUUAAACUCAGUUUUUCACAAUUCCUGACAUUUAAUCCUAGUAAAAAUGCCCUGUCUUAGGUCAGUUAGGAUUACCACUUUAUUUUAAGAAUGUGAAAUGUCAGAAUAAUAGUAGAGAGAAUGAUUCAUUUCAGCUUUUAUUUCUUUCAUCACAUUCCCAGUGGAUCAGAAGUUUGCAUACACUCAAUUAGUAUUUGGUACCAUUGCCUUUAAAUUGUUUAACUUGGGUCAAACGUUUUGGGUAGCUUUCCACAAGCUUCCCACAAUAAGUUGGGUGAAUUUUGGCCCAUUCCUCCUGACAGAGCUGGUGUAACUGAGUCAGGUUUGUAGGCCUCUGUCACGGUCGUCGAGGAGUGAAGGAGACCAAGGCGCAGCGUGUGAAACGAACAUGGUACUUUAUUUAGUUAAAGCACAAAAAACAAGAAACACGACUAGUGAAGUCCACAGUCAACCUGACUGAAAACGGAAACAAUAACCCACAAUGCCCACAGGAAAACAUGCAGUAUAAAUAUGGCUCCCAAUCAGAGAUAACGAGCCGACAGCUGACACUCGUUACCUCCGAUUGGGAGUCAAUGACCAAACCUAGAAAUAAACGUGACAGAAAUGCAAACAUAGAAAAUCACCCAAAACCCAACAAAACACAAUACACCCUGGCUCAAAUACAAAAGUCCCGGAGCCAGAGUGUUACAGUACCCCCCCCUAAAGGUGCGCACUCCGGGCGCACCAGCAUACAGUCUCGGGGAGGGUCUGGGUGGGCGUCUGUCCACGGUGGCGGUUCUGGCCCUGGUCGUGGUCCCCACCCCACCUUAGUCACCACCCGCUUCCCUAGCCUCCUCCACAUGACCACCCCCCAAUUAAACCCCACUGGAUUAAGGGGCGGCACCGGACUAAGGGACAGUACCUGACUAAGGGGCGGAUCCUGGCUGGCUGGCUCUGGCGGAUCCUGGCUGGACGGCUCAUGGCAGGCUGAAGGAUCUGGCUGCUCAUGGCUGGCUGACGGAUCUGGCUGCUCAUGGCUGGCUGACGGAUCUGGCUGCUCAUGGCUGGCCGACGGAUCUGGCUGCUCAUGGCUGGCCGACGGAUCUGGCUGCUCAUGGCUGGCCGACGGAUCUGGCUGCUCAUGGCUGGCGGAAGGCUCUGGCUGAUCCUGUCUGGCGGAAGGCUCUGGCUGAUCCUGUCUGGCAGAAGGCUCUGGCUGAUCCUGUCUGGCAGAAGGCUCUGGCUGAUCCUGUCUGGCAGAAGGCUCUGGCUGAUCCUGUCUGGCGGAAGGCUCUAGCGGCUCUGGUCUGGCGGACGGCUCUGAUGGCUCAUGGCAGACGGGCGGCUUUGCAGGCUUUAGGCAGACGGGCAGUUCAGGCCCCGUUGGGCAGACGGCAGACUCUGGCCGUCUGAGGCGCACCGUAGACUUAGUGCGGGUGGCCGGAACAGGCCGGACCGGGCUGGCGACGCGCACCGUAGUCUUGGUGCGGGUGGCAGGAACAGGCCGGGUCGGGCUGGCGACGCGCACCGUAGUCUUGGUGCGGGUGGCAGGAACAGGCCGGGUCGGGCUGGCGACGCGCACCGUAGUCUUGGUGCGGGUGGCAGGAACAGGCCGGACCGGGCUGGCGACGCGCACCGUAGACUUGGUGCGGGUGGCAGGAACAGGCCGGACCGGGCUGGCGACGCACACCGUAGACCUGGUGCGGGUGGCAGGAACAGGCCGGACCGGGCUGGCGACGCGCACCGUAGACUUGGUGCGGGUGGCAGGAACAGGCCGGACCGGGCUGGCGACGCACACCGUAGACCUGGUGCGGGUGGCAGGAACAGGCCGGACCGGGCUGUGGAGACGGAUAGGAGGCCUGGAGCGAACAGCGGACACCACCCGUCCUGGCUGAAUGCCUACCCUCACACACUCUGUGUGAGGCAUCAGCACAGGACGUACAGGGCGGUGUACCCCUGGCCUGGUGGCCUCCUGGAUACUCCCCCUUUUCUCCUCCGUCAGCCCCGUCGUCCAUGCCGUGUGCCCCCCCCUAAAAAUUUUCUGGGGUUGACACACGACCCUCCGACGAUGGCCCUGCUGCCGCCGUUGCUCCUCUCUCGCCAGGGCCUUGAUCCUUCCCCAAGGUCCCUUGCCUCCGAGCAUGUCCUCCCAGGACCACGAUGUGCCCACCUGGGCCAUCGCCAGCCUCUCCAUCUCCUUGCCCGGUGCCUCCUCCCAUGUCCAGUCUCCCUGCUCCUGGACACGCUGCUUGGUCUUUCUUUGGUGGGUUAUUCUGUCACGGUCGUCGAGGAGUGAAGGAGACCAAGGCGCAGCGUGUGAAACGAACAUGGUACUUUAUUUAGUUAAAGCACAAAAAACAAGAAACACGACUAGUGAAGUCCACAGUCAACCUGACUGAAAACGGAAACAAUAACCCACAAUGCCCACAGGAAAACAUGCAGUAUAAAUAUGGCUCCCAAUCAGAGAUAACGAGCCGACAGCUGACACUCGUUACCUCCGAUUGGGAGUCAAUGACCAAACCUAGAAAUAAACGUGACAGAAAUGCAAACAUAGAAAAUCACCCAAAACCCAACAAAACACAAUACACCCUGGCUCAAAUACAAAAGUCCCGGAGCCAGAGUGUUACAGCCUCCUUGCUCGCACACGCUUUUUCAGUUCUGCCCACACAUUUUCUAAAGGAUUGAGGUCAGGGCUUUGUGAUGGCCACUCCAAUACCUUGACUUUGUUUUCCUUAAGCCAUUUUGCCACAACUUUGGAAGUAUGCUUGGGUCAUUGUCCAUUGGAAGACCCAUUUCCUUGCGCUUUUGUCUCCUUUUUACCAAGCCUUUUUUUAAAAAACCUUGCCUUUUUUGUUCUUACUUUGUGGUCUUUCUUCUGCAUCGUCUAUGCAAUCAUCGUGGCCAACUUCUGCAGAAGCUGGACCUUCUACCUACUGCUUAUCAGUCAGCCGGCUUACUUCGAGGAGGUGUUUGGGUUUGAGAUAAGCAAGUGAGACCAGUGGAGCGUUCCCAGGAUGGGCACCAGCCUAACCAACAGGGUUGCUGGGGUAUGGUACUCAAGGCCUAGGUGAGGGAUGUGUGAAAAUGUUGUGCUAGGCUCUAACUGACUUAAAUACCUUUUAAUACCUCUAUGUUGAUGUUCAUUGCAACUGUUCCUGUCCUCAGGUUGGCAUGGUGUCUGCCCUGCCCCACUUGGUGAUGACAAUCAUUGUGCCUAUCGGAGGGCAGUUGGCUGACUACCUACGCAGCAGGAACAUUCUGUCUACCACUACAGUCAGGAAGAUCAUGAACUGUGGAGGUGAGAGAGCCCCUUCAGCACAUCAUGCACAAUUACAGUUGAAGUCGGAGGUUUACAUACACCUUAGCCAAAUACAUUUAAACUCAGUUUUUCACAAUUCCUGACAUUUAAUCCUAUUAAAAAUGCCCUGUCUUAGGUCAGUUAGGAUCACCACUUUAUUUUAAGAAUAUGAAAUGUCAGAAUAAUAGUAGAGAGAAUGAUUCAUUUCAGCUUUUAUUUCUUUCAUCACAUUCCCAGUGGGUCAGAAGUUUACAUACACUCAAUUAGUAUUUGGUAGCAUUGCCUUUAAAUUGUUUAACUUGGGUCAAACAUUUUGGGUAGCUUUCCACAAGCUUCCCACAAUAAGUUGGGGGAACCUCCUUGCUCGCACACGCUUUUUCAGUUCUGCCCACACAUUUUCUAAAGGAUUGAGGUCAGGGCUUUGUGAUGGCCACUCCAAUACCUUGACUUUGUUUUCCUUAAGCCAUUUUGCCACAACUUUGGAAGUAUGCUUGGGGUCAUUGUCCAUUUGGAAGACCCAUUUGCGACCAAGCUUUAACUUCCUGACUGAUGUCUUGAGAUGUUGCUUCAAUAUAUCCACAUAAUUUUCCUUCCUCAUGAUGCCAUCUAUUUUGUGAAGUGCACCAGACCCUCCUGCAGCAAAGCAGACCCGCAGCAUGAUGCUGCCACCCCUGUGCUUCACGGUUGGGAUGGUGUUCUUCGGCUUGCAAGCCAACCCCCUUUUCCUCCAAACAUAACAAUGGUCAUUAUGGCCAAACAGUUAUAUUUUUGUUUAAUCAGACCAGAGGACAUUUCUCCAAAAAGUAUGAUCCUUGUCCCCAUGUGCAGUUGCAAACCGUAGUCUGGCAUUUCUAUGGCGGUUUUGAAGCAGUGGCUUCUUCCUUGCUGAGCGGCCUUUCAGGUUAUGUCGAUAUAGGACUCAUUUUACUGUGGAUAUAGAUACUUUUGUACCUGUUUCCUCCAGCAUCUUCAGAAGGUCCUUUGCUGUUGUUCUGGGAUUGCUUUGCACUUUUCGCACCAAAGUACGUUCAUCUCUAGGAGACAGAAGGCGUCUCCUUCCUGAGCGGUAUGACUGCUGCGUGGUCCCAUGGUGUUUAUACUUGCAUACCAUUGUUUGUACAGAUGAACGUGGUACCUUCAGGUGUUUGGAAAUUGCUCCCAAGGAUGAACCAGACUUGUGUAGGUCUACAAUUUUUUUUCGGAGGUCUUGGCAGAUUUAUUUUGAUUUUCCCAUGAUGUCGAGCAAAGAGGCACUGUGUUUGAAGUUAGGCCUAGAAAUACAUCCACAGGUACACCUCCAAUUGACUCAAAUGAUGUCAAUUAGCCUAUCAGAAGCUUCUAAAGCCAUUACAUCAUUUUCUGGAAUUUUCCAAGCUGUUUAAACUUCUGACCCACUGUGAUACAGUGAAUUAUAAGUCAAAUAAUCUGUCUGUAAACAAUUGUUGGAAAAAUUACUUGUGUCAUGCACAAAGUAGAUGUCCUAACCGACUUGCCAAAACUAUAGUUUGUUAACAAGACAUUUGUGGAGUGGUUGAAAAACAAGUUUUAAUGACUCCAACCUAAGUGUAUGUAAACUUCCGACUUCAACUGUAUAUCCAAAUGUGUUUGAUAGAAUAAUAAUGUUUUUACACAAUCUGUAUGAUCGUGAUACAAUGACUGUAGCAAAACAAUUCUGUUUGGGACUGACUGUGUAUUUGUGUAAUUAAAUUGCAACUGUGAUUGCCCAUAGACCCUGGGUUACUGUAGCAUGUGUGUGACUGUCUGUCUCUGCAGGGUUUGGCAUGGAGGCUACGUUGCUGCUGGUAGUGGGAUUUUCCCACACCAAAGCGGUGGCCAUUUCCUUCCUGGUCCUUGCUGUGGGCUUCAGUGGAUUUGCAAUAUCAGGUCAGUGCCUGUUAAAUACAUGGUAUCAGAGAGUCUGCCAGUAUAGAUCACAGCUGCUUGUAGGAGACUCCUCCCUUACUCUGUGUAGAAAGAGAACAAAUCUCCAAACUACACUGUAGAUUCUGUCUAGAAUGGCCACUAUUUAUUGCAGGUUGACGUUUAUUGUCAUGAAUCUUGCCAGCGAUUUUCUCUAGAUGGGCCAGCUGCAAAGUCAAAAUUCAAGUAAACAAAACUUAGCUUUUUGGAAUUAAUUUAAGGUUUGGGUUAGGCAUUAGGGUUAGCAGUGUGGUUAAGGACUUGCAAUCAGUAAUAUCCAGCUACAAAGGGAACAAGUACGAUUUCUCACAUUCCUCAAGCAUCUAUUCCAGCUGAUGCUUGUGGCUCCAAGGCAGACCUUGAUUUUACUACUACUCAUUUUUCUUGGGCUUUCUCCUGGAGUAUUUAAUAAUUCAGCGCAAGUCCCGGAGGAGCUGCCAUACAGGCUGGCUGUGUGCAGCUACAGAGGACACUCAGUGUGGGGGAGGAGAUUGGCUGGCUAGCUACUCCCUUUGCAACAAGAUGGCUGCAUGGUGCUUUGUUUUUCAUCGCAAUUUCAUUUCCAUUACAUUUAUAUUAUGUUUAGGAUAUUUCAGUAGUUUUGAUACAUCCACAUACUAGUACUCCAUUAAGGGACACAUGUUCUUAAUUAAAGAGAAAAGGUAAUUACUAAUGGUAGUUUUUAAUACCUACCAAGAAUGAGCAAAAGCUCUAGAGACCUUAAGGGCUAGAUUCUAUCAGAUCUGCAUUAGCCGACACCCACAUAGCAGUUGUUUUGGCGGUGUCGGAGGUAGAACUGCGUUAGAACUGUCAAAUCCACAAGCGGCUCCUUGCAUUAGCUUAUCGUGGACACUGCCAUUGGAUGCAAGUACGAAACCAACUGACUUUAUAAUAUGACUUUAUAAUUAGAAGUUCAUGCAGCUGCGUUACAAGUUCAAACACUCAAAUGCGUGAUGAUCUAUUGUCUACACCUCGAUUAGACUGAUAGGCUAUGAAUCCCCCAUCCAAAUGAACAUGGAAACAUGCAUUAGAAGCCUACACUUUCUAUCACUGUGUUGAACUUCUAACACGGUGGGGAUAAUAAGGAAGGGGGUGGUUUGUGACACUAAAGUUACACCUCCAACAACAGUCGCUAUGCGGAUGUCGGCCAAAGCGGGUUUACGCUCAAACUGAUUGAAUCGAGGUCUAAGUUAUAGCGAAAAUAGUUAAACCACAAGAACCAUAACCCCUUGAUUUUAUUUAAUCAAGUGCUAAUCAAUUGUUGUCUUAGAGAUCUGUCUUAUAGAGAGUAACUUCACACUUAAAACCUUGUAUUUCAUUCUGAUCGUUCCUUCCAUCAGGAUUCAACGUCAAUCACUUAGACAUUGCUCCACGCUAUGCCAGUAUCCUUAUGGGCAUAUCCAAUGGUGUGGGCACCCUGUCUGGCAUGGUAUGCCCAUUGAUCGUAGGUGCCAUGACAAAAAACAAGGUAAGACAUUCUGUUACCCUUGGAAAGUCCAUAAAACAUUAUGGUUAAACGUAGAUUCAUUAUCAGAUAGAAUUACAAAUCUCUGUGACUUUGUAUAAAACACUUUAUAUUCCAUCUGUCCCCAUGCAGACUCGAGAAGAGUGGCAGUGGGUGUUCCUCAUCGCUGCUCUGGUUCACUAUGGGGGAGUCAUCUUCUAUGGCAUCUUUGCCUCUGGAGAGAAGCAGCCGUGGGCCGACCCAGAGCUGACCAGUGACGAGAAGUGUGGCUUCAUCGAUGAGGAUGAGCUGGCAGAGGAGACGGGCGACAUCACCCAGAGUUACGGUGCCCUGGGUGGCGGUCCGGCCAAAACGUACGGUGCCACUACGCAGAACGGGGGCUGGGCCGAUGGUUGGGAUAAGAAGGAGGAGUUUGUUCAGGAAGAGGCAGAGGGAGGGCCGUACGGCUACAGGCAGGACCAGGACUACUCCUAGAGACAGCAGACACACUGACCAUCACAUGGUAGACUUAUUUUGUAGUGUUUACCAGUUUAGACGAAACGAGUCAAAAACCAAACAAAAAAGAUAACAAUCCAUUGUUGUAUGUUUGCACAAAUUCAAGUCAUUAUUUCAAAAGAUAAAAUUACUUCAAAAGAUAAUUUUAUUGUACAAAUAAAAAAAUACUAUAGAGAUAUAACACAUAUCAAAUUGGCAGAUCUAUUUGUAAAUGUAAUAUGCAUAGAAAUUAUAGAUAUAUUUAUUUGGAGUGCAAUUGUGUGUAAGUGUGAACCAUUUCCACCUCAUCAAUCUGAGCUUCUUCAUUCUGUAGAAGCCUGUUAUGUACGAUCAGACAAGAUUUAGCUGGCUUCCUGGAUCAUCAUGCCUAACUGGUUCUUAUUACAACUCCUCAUGAGCCAGCCAUUGCAGUGUAAAAAGGGGUCUUAACCAGGAAUGAGACUGUAUGUCUUAGGUUGUACAGUAUCUCUUCUGAAUGCACUGAAAGUAGUGUGUCCUUUUAAUGCACAAUAUCAUUUUAUUUUGUUAUUAUUAUGUGUUUGUAAAACUAUGGUCUUUAACACAAAGAGGCAUAAAGAUACAAUAACGUUUUGAAGAACGACAUAACACUUUCACCAGCUGAUGUAAAAGUCUGUUAAGAUGCAUGAAAGAAAAAAAUGAUGAAGCGUUGCUCAUGUGUUUACAGUACCAAUUCGAGAGCUUGGGACUAUAUGGUUC